AUUUGGUCUUAGUAACCGGUUUGACUCAGAGUUCCCCCAAGGUCUUUCAGCAAAGGUUGCCCCUGAAGAGUUCAAGGCCACCAUGUCCAGAAUCAACAACGUCCUGAGGAAAGCGUUGCCGGUAAACGUCAAGUGGCUGUUCUGUGGCUGCAUAUGCUGUUGUUGCACGCUCGGAUGUUCCUUGUGGCCUGUGGUCUGUCUGAGUAAAAGGACGCGCCAUUCUUUAGAAAAAGUGUUAGAUUGGGAGAACAGUCAUUUAUAUCAAAAGCUCAGUCUCCACUGGCGGCUGAACAAACAGCGAUGUGACUCGAGCAGCAUGAUGGAAUACGUUCUAGUCUUGGAGUUUAUCCCUAAAGUCCCAAUAUUCCGGCCUGAUUAAGGAGAGGUGUUGGCUUGUGAGGAUCAACGACCGUCGACCCCUGACACUUGACCGACCCCAGACAAUACGGCCGGCAUCCUUUCACACAGCUAAGCAAAGUAUUAGAGCAACAAGACAAAAAAAAAAGGGAAUAAUAUUCAUCUGCAUUCCAAUGUUUUUAGAUGUUCUUCGUUUAUGUCAUCUUGAAAAUAGUCUAUUUUUCUUCAUCCGUUCUUCAGUUUUCGCAUGUAUUUCUGACUUCAGAGUUAAUGGCAACUUUGGAAAAAAAAAGAA